AUGAGAACAACUCGUAGAACUGAUCGGAUUGAACCGAAACAAAGGUCUGAUGUUAAAGGUAAUAAACAUUGGAGGAAUGUUGAAAACGCUAAAUGAAUUUUACUUUUCAUUAUCAGGAAUACCUUUUAUGUUUUUGUUGUUCAUUUCUUCUUCUGAUUUAGGCGGUGGCCCCUUUUCCCCAAGGAAGCUUUCUCAAGACCCCUGGAGAAUGAUUUGGAGAAGGGGUUUCAUUCGUUUGGUCUUUGUCUCGGCCAUUAUUUGGAUACUGCUCAUGCUUAUUGCCUUGUUAUUUCAUGUCUGGACGUGCCAGUCCACUACUGCUUCUCCUUCUGGUAUGCUCUUGCUUUCAGGCAUUUUCAUUUUUGAUUGAUGAUGAAAAGAGUGAACCUGCUUUAUUUGUUUCUACUUACUUCAGACAACGUUUGCCCUGUUCCUGAGCAAGAUGCUUUCCAUUAAUAGUUGGAUUACUGCGUGAUAUAUAGCUUGAAACCUUACUUGAAGUUCUGGUGGCACGGGUCCUCGUUAUUUGAUCAUUUGAUCGUAUAUCCCGUGGUUUCCUAGAGCUUUUUCUUUUCUUUUUGUCGUUGUUCAUACAUCUGUAGACAAUUGUCAAAGAUCUCUGGGAAAUCCGUACCUUACCAAUGCUUUCGGUGUCACUUAUCUGUUUAUCCUCUUUGAUCAUUUGUGUAGAUCCUUUGCUUUCAAUCGAGUUUAAGUGCCAUGGUGAUGCGGUCUGAAAUAUCUUAUGUUUGUGCACAGCUGUUUGUAGAAGACACACCAAGAUGUUUCUCAUGUUGGAAAGCAUAAUAGUCCCAAAGCCACUGCAUAGUACGUUUUUUUUCUCUGUUUAGCCCAUAUUAUAUUAAACUUUACUAACGGCGUUUUUUCUUUAUGGUAUCCAAACAGGAUGUCCAAUUCCCGUUCUUGAUGAUCCUUAUGAUAUUGUCAUCCCAAAGGGACGGACUCCUGACAACAUCCUAAAGGAUUUACAGUACUCUAUGGUGGACGAGGGUUCUCCACCGCUUUUUGGGGGGCAUCUGCAAUGGAAACAGAGAGAAGACAGUUUUAAAGUGAAUGAAACGAUGAAGGUAGACACGAUAUGAUGUCUCGUGAUAUUUUCAUCAGAUUUAGCGUAGUCUUGCGUGUUGUUCUAAUGUAGUAGUCAUUUGCCUUCGUUCCAGGUCCACUGUGGUUUCAUGAAAGAUGGAGGCGGAGAUAUGGAUGCUGUAGACGUCAAGUAUGUGAAGAGAUGUAGGUUUGUAGUGGCUUCCGGCAUCUUCGACGGGUACGACACGCCUCAUCAGCCAACCAAUAUAAGUAGACGAUCUGAGAAGCUUUUCUGCUUUCUGAUGGUGGUCGAUGAGAAGUCUCUUAGUUUGAUAGAGCAGAAUGUCACCGUUAGGGUGGACAACGCCGGAGGGAAAUGGGUCGGUAUCUGGCGCGUUGUGACCCUCCAUAAUCUCCCAUAUGAUGAACCUAGAAGGAACGGGAAGGUUCCUAAGAUCCUGACCCACAGAUUAUUCCCUCAAGCGCAAUACAGCAUAUGGAUCGAUGGGAAGAUGGAGCUCUUAGUUGACCCGUUGCUCAUGCUUGAAAGGUGGGUUGACAUCUCCAAAGCCCAUCAUCAGAAACUGUGGCAGACCAGAUAAACUGAUGAGAAGCUCCUCCCUCGCUGCUGCAGGUAUCUUUGGCGCGGGAACUACACGUUUGCGAUUGCCACUCAUAAGCAUCAUCGGAGCAUAUACGAGGAGGGAGAUGCCAUCAAGCGCAGGAAGCGCUACGCGCGGCCUCUGAUUGACCUGCACAUGAAGAUAUAUCGCUACGAAGGAAUGGAGCUGUGGAGACCAGACAAAGGAACCGUCAGCGGUACGCCGGCUGCUGGCCCAUGAUUCUUCUUCUCAUUAGGAGCGCUACUGAUGGCUGGCGCUGGCGGCGUGUGGUUGCAGAUGUGCCGGAGGGGGCGGUCAUAAUCCGGGAGCACACGGCGGUGAACAACCUGUUCAUGUGCCUGUGGUUCAACGAGGUGGACCUCUUCACCCCGAGGGACCAGCUCAGCUUCGGGUACGUGGCGUUCCGGCUGCGGGCGCACUUUCGCUUCUUCAUGUUCCCCAACUGCGAGUACAAUUCCCUCUUCAACCUGCACCGCCACACCCGGGAGCAUUCCUCCGUCGUCGAGUGGGUCAAAUCCCUCGACGAGUUGACCGGCUCCAACGCCACCCUGAAGGAGUCCCGCGGUGGCCUCGGCCUCUGGACCCCCUACCCCGCCAACCUCACCUCUGUUGAGGUCCCCUUCGUCCGGCGAGGCUCCCUUGCCGGCCGCCGAUGA